UGCUGCUGUCGUAAAUCAGAGGACAGAGCAGCUCAAAGGUGGUUACCAUUAGCAACCGAGCAACUUUAACUUUGAAGUUUUUCCUGCGAUCUGAAGGAAAAAUGUUUAAAUUUUAACUUGUACAGAAUCAAGAAUCAAUUCAAACCCCCUUUCCAUAUUUUCACGAUGGCAACUCCACAAAGAAAUGCAGAAAACUUCUUGAACACGGAGGGAGACACAACGGAGCAUAUGGACAGUUUUCUGAAGUCAAUGGCAAAACUCCGAAGCCUCUCUGUGGAGGAUUCAACAGAGACUGGGAAGCUGCGGUCCAGAAUAGAUGAACAAUCAAGUCUGAUCUGCAUGCUGAAACAGAGAGCAGAUGAGCUGCUUCUUCGAUGUGAAGCCCUGCAGAAAAUCAACACAGAGCUGGAGGGCUGCAUGAAAGACUGUCAGACAGAACUGGACAGUGAAAGAAAGAAGGCAGAUUUAAUAGAAAAGAGGUUUAUGGAUUUAGCAAGCAACAAUCAAGCGAUUAUUGCUUUCAUGGACGAGUACAAAAAUCAGAAUGGCUUGUUGAAGCUGGAAAACAAAGAGCUGCAAGCUGAAAAUGAUACGCUCUUCUCUCAAAAAUUACAAGAUAAGGAAGUUUGUGUUCAAAACCUGAUGCAAGAAAUCAAACAGAUGACGGAAAAGUGCAUAAAUAAGGAAAAUGAAUAUGGGGAGAACCUAGUAGAGUACCAGUCAAAACUCCAGGAACAAGGAAGCCAACAUCAAGCCAAAGAGGCAGUGCUACUUGGUCAACUCCAUGAUACCCAGCAACAGCAAAGAGAUGCAGAUGAGAUGUGCAGAGACCUCAAGCUGAAGCUUCAAAAAGCUGGAGAGGAGCAUGCUCAGAGGGAAAUCCAAUUGACAGAGAGCAUUACAAGCCUCACCAGAGAGAAGGACACAUUAUUGGAUAUCUCAAUGGAAAGAGGAAAACUGAUACAGGAGAAGCAAGAGGAAAUCCAGCAAUUGGAGAUGAAAUUGAAAGAAGAGAAAAAGGCCAGAGCCAAAGCAGAAGACAGGUUUCAAAAGGAAGCAGAAGCUGUGAACACAAAUUUAAAAGUGAAGUCUCUCCAGUCUGCUCUUGAUGAAGCCACAACUAAAAAUAGCCAGUUCACAAAGGACUUCGAGGCCUACAAGGAACACAGCUCCAACCUUCUAAUACAAGAAAGGGAGUUAAAUAAGAAACUCCGCCACAUGAUGGGCUGAAUUUAAGCACUGUGUGAGUUGUUUUCAUUAAAAGAAAUAUCUUUUA